CUAUCUCCCCCAUUUAUACGGAGUAAUUUGAAGUGCUAUUUAGCUCAUUCGCCCCAAAGAAAAAAUUCUGCAUCAAAUGCAGAAUUACUAAAACACCCCCACUUCUAGUCAUCCUUCAUCCAUCCUUUUGAUGCGCACAUAUUGGACAUAGAGAGAGAAAAAUUACACACACGAAGAGAGAGAGACAAAUGUUUGUUUCUUGUUCUUUGUUUGACAUUGUUACACCACACACCUUCUUUACCAAAAUCAUCAUCAACUUUUUCUGGGUUUUUUUCCCCUGUAAAUCCCACCUUUGAUAAUAAUUAUUACAUCAUAAUAAUUAUUGCAUUUAGAGUUAUAGUUUUCCAUUUUUAUGGGAACAUUUCAUAGUUUUCGCAAAGCCUAUGGAGCGCUUAAGGAUUCCACCACCGUUGGCCUUGCAAAAGUCAACAGCGAAUUCAAGGAUUUGGAUAUAGCCGUGGUGAAGGCGACUAAUCAUGUUGAGGCUCCUCCGAAGGAACGACAUGUUAGAAAAGUAUUUGCUGCUACAUCGGUUGUUAGACCACGAGCAGACGUUGCCUAUUGUAUUCAUGCACUGUCAAGGAGGUUGACCAAGACCAAAAAUUGGAUUGUCGCGAUUAAGGUGUUGAUAGUUAUUCAUAGGACAUUGAGAGAGGGAGACCCUACAUUUAGGGAGGAGCUACUGGCAUACUCACACAGGGGACAUGUUCUUCAAAUAUCGAAUUUUAAAGAUGAUUCAAGCCCUUUAGCUUGGGAUUGUUCUGCGUGGGUUCGUACAUAUGCACUCUUCCUUGAAGAAAGACUAGAAUGUUUUAGGGUCUUGAAGUAUGACAUUGAGGCAGAGCGCUUGACAAGAUCUUCACCGGGUGCAAGUAAGGUACACAGUAGAACCCGGCUUUUGACCUCUGAAGAGCUACUAGACCAAUUACCAGCUCUCCAGCAGCUUUUGUUCAGGUUGAUGGGUUGUCAGCCUGAAGGAGCAGCUUGCACCAAUUACCUCGUACAGUAUGCUCUAGCUUUGGUGCUGAAAGAAAGCUUUAAAAUAUACUGCGCGAUUAAUGAUGGUAUAAUUAACUUAGUGGACAUGUUCUUCGACAUGACUAAACAUGAUGCUGUAAAAGCCCUUAACAUUUAUAAAAGAGCUGGUCAGCAGGCUGAAUUUCUAGCUGAUUUUUAUGAUUUCUCGAAAAGAUUGGAUCUAGCCAGGAACUUUCAGUUCCCUACAUUACGACAGCCACCCCCCUCAUUUCUGGCUACUAUGGAGGAAUAUGUCAAAGAAGCGCCACACAGUGGUUCUGUUGCAAAGAGAUUGGAGUAUCAAGAAAGAGAAGAAUCCCCAGAAAAAAGUGAAGAACCUGAAAAGGAACAAAAUAAUGAGGAAGAAGAGGAAGAGAAACCGGAAGAGCCAAAAGAAAAGCCAGAGAUUGAAGCAGAGCCUCAGCCUGAACCUCCUCCCUUGAUAUCCACAGACGAUGAUCUUCUUGGUCUGCAGGAAUUAAACCCAAAAGCUGCAGAACUGGAAGAAAUCAAUGCCUUAGCUCUUGCCAUUGUUCCACCAGGAGGUGAACAUCGAUCUACAGCAAGCAAUGCCUUGACAGAAUUCAGUGGUACAUCAGGAUGGGAACUAGCCUUAGUUACUACGCCGAGCAACAUCAACAAUACUCCACCGCCAGAUACCAAAUUGGCGGGCGGUUUUGACAGCUUAUUACUCGAUAGCUUAUACGAAGAUGAGAAUGCAAGAAGACAGCUACAGAUGCAGAAUGCAGGAUACGGGCCAUAUGGGAUGGGAGCAGGCGCCGCCCAAGUACACAACCCGUAUGAACAACAGCAGGACCCGUUUUUCAUGUCAAACGGCUUUGCCCCACCCACCAAUGUUCAGAUGGCUAUGUCUCAGCAACAUCAGCAGCAAAUAAUGAUGCAACAACAUCAUCAUCAUCAGCAACUACCACCAUCCCAGAGUAUGAUGAUGGUGCCAUUCCAAAACGCCUCCCCUACUCAAUACCCCCAGGUCCAGCAGCAGCAACCCAUGGGCAUGGGUGCGUCUAACCCGUUUGGGGAUCCAUUUUCCGCUUUCCCUCAAAAUACAACACCUCUCCAUGGGAAUCAUGGUCUACUUUAGACGAGAAAAAGUUUUUGAUUUUUGAUAUUCUUUCUAGGUGCAGUUUAUUCAAUGAUUUAUUCCCUUUAUUCUUUUUGUGA